AUGGUGCUGGUGAUUGCGGGCGGUAUUGCGGCUCGGGGUGUCGUCAUUAUCAAGUCGGCCGUCUGCACUGAGCGGGCACGCAAGGUGACGGAUAUCGUCUUCGACAAGACUGGAACCAUUACCGAGGCAGAGCUGGACGUUUCUUUUGAGCAGUACUUCCGGGUGCCUAAGGAAAAAGCGAUUUCGAUUCCCAAGGAACUCGCGGCGGGUUACAAGCACCCUGUCUCCAUUGCGGAGCUGGUGUGGAAGCAACCCUUGAUGGCGCCGGAGCUCAGUCCACAGGAGAAUUCGAUUCUUGUUAUUAUCGAUAUCUCGUUUUCUGGUUAA